AUGUCUUCUCGUACCCCAAGCCCUUCUGACAUGGAUAUUGGAAGCCCUUUGCCACUACUGGCACAUACGCCGACUCUGCCCCCAUCAACUACAAUGACUGAGAUGAGAACCAUGUCUUUUCAUGAGGAGGGAUCUCUAGAUGAGAAUCUGCUGGCAGCACUGCCGUCCCCUGCCUCUGAUCUCAGAGCUACACCACCACUGGCAGCUUAUCCUACUCAUCCUACACCUGACACUGUUGAGGCAGACAUGUCAUCUCUGGGCCGGAACCCGCAGUGGCCGAUCUACCCCUGUGAGCAUGCUAAAUGGGUAGUCCAUAACCAGUUUCAAGGGGAAAGAAGCACUACUCUAUUCGAUGUUGAGCUGGGACCGGUAGCAUGCAACUCUACCACCUUGGUAAACAAAGAUUACCAUGGAUUGAUGUCGUUCUUCGUAAACAGCCCUGUCACGCCUUAA